GUUUCUUCUUCUUCUUUUGACUCAUCGUCGCUUUUAAAACCACCCACCAUUGCCAAGAACCCGUGGGUUUCUAGUCACUGAAAGCAUGGACCUGUUCUUGAGUUUUGUGUGGCUGCUUUUACUCACAAACGGUUCUUCUGGUCUUGAUAGAGUGUCAGUGCUUGUGAAGGAGGGAGAUUCAGUCACUCUAAACACUGAUGUUGAGACAGACAAACAAGAAGACAUAACAUGGUAUCUUAACAACACUCGCAUCGCUCAAAUCACUGGAGAUAUCAGUCACAUCUGUACAGAUGUUCAGUGCAACGAAGGCACUGAGAGAUUCAGAGACAGAUUGAAGCUGGACAAUCAGACCGGAUCUCUGACCAUCAUGAACAUCACAAACACAGACUCUGGACUCUAUGAACUGAAGAUCAUCGGCAAUAAAAAUAGCGAAAAGACCUUUAUUGUUCUUGGUGUUCCUGCUAAAGAGGGCGAAAUGAAGAGAAAGUCGGUGAAGGAGGGAGAAUCUGUUACUCUAAAUCCUUUAGUGGUGAAAAACCCAAAGGAUUUGUUGAUGUGGUAUUUUAAUAACACAUUUGUUGCUGAAAUCACCGGAGAUCCCAGUAAGAUCUGCACGGGUGUUCAGAGCGAAGAAAGAUUCAGAGACAGACUGAAGCUGGAUCAUCUGACCGGAUCUCUGACCAUCAUGAACACCAGAACCACAGACUCUGGAGAAUAUCAACUACACAUCAGGAGAAGUAGAUUCAGUAUAAAGAGGGGAUUUAGUGUUUCUGUCACUGUUUCAGGUCUGUCUUCAGCUGCUGUUGUAGGAAUAUGUGUUGCUGUCCUGCUGCCUGUGGCUACAACCGCUGUUGUGUUUUUUUGCAGCAAAAAAGAAAGAAAAGACACCAGGAUGCAGCACAAUGACCAGAAUGAUAUUCCAACGAUGGAUGCUCUAUUGACAAACACUACUGACCUGUCCCCUAAUCAUACUGAGAUUGAGCCUGAAGAAACUACUUUCACUUUCACCAAAGCUCGCGACGUCCGUAUAAAACAAAGCGCUCAUUUCCAUGGAAACUGCACGCGUUCGAUUCGUAAUGGAAUAGCGUCGAAAAUGACGAUCUCUGUUUGUGUCACGUUUGCCUUCCUCGUGGCUGGCGUAAGUUGUGUUUAUAGAGAUGGAGUGUCACAGACCGUGGAGGAGGGAGAAUCUGUCACUCUACACACUGGGGUCGAAACAAACCAACAGCGAAAGAUAAGAUGGUACUUUAAUGAAAUACUCAUCGCUGAAAUCAAUGGAGAUCUCUGUUGUAGCUGCACGGAUGUUAGGUGUAAAGACGCUGAUGGGAAAUUCAGAAACAGACUCAAGCUGGAUCCUCAGACUGGGUCUCUGACCAUCAAAGACACCAGAACCACAGACUCUGGAGUUUAUAAACUGAAGACAAUAAGAAACAGCGGAGACAGUGUCAAGAUCUUCAUUGUUACUGUGCAUGGUUUUUUCGGUAAUAAUAGAGACGGGGAGUCAGCAUUUGUGAUGGAGGGAGACUCAGUCACUCUACACACUGAUGUUAAAACAAACCAACAAGAAAAGAUUAGAUGGUAUUUUAAUGAUGCCCGUAUAGUUCAAAUCACUGGAGAUCUCAGGGAUAUCUGUACAGAUGUUCAGUGUAAUGAAGCCACUGAGAGAUUCAGAGACAGGCUGAAUCUAGAGAACCAGACCGGAUCUCUGACCAUCAUGAACACCACAACCACAGACUCUGGACUUUAUCGUCUACGUAUCAUCAGCAGGAACAACAUCAGUGAUAAGAUUUUCAUUGUUGCUGUGUAUGAUGUUUCUUCCACUACAACAAGAUAA